AUGCAGAGCUACGUCUGGCUAAUUGGCGCCUUGACCGCGCUGGCCGCCACCGCCCAGAGCGCGACCACCCAAACGCAACCCACAACGCCAUCGGCCACGCAGUUGGCCUUGGACAUGUACCAUGGCUGCCUCAAGGAUCUGAGCAUCUCGUGUGUGCGUCCCAAGGCGCUGCAGUGGUUCAACGCAGCGCUGCAACAGAACGAGGUGAGGUUAACUGAGCGUCUAUCGGUGGUGCGCACCACACAGCAGCCGGAGGCCAGCACCACUACCGGUCGUGCGCAGGGCGCCGAGCAGCAGCAGCAGCAGCUGUUCGACAACAUCGACAACUACUUGGCCAGCCAUGCACUAAAAAUUCAGGCGCCCGAAUAUUUCCGCAGCUCCGAGGCACGCUCUAUCGUGCCCGAAUAUCUGCUGCAGAAUCCCCUGACCCAAGGCGGUCUGAUACCACUCGGCGCUGCCAAUGAGGGACGUGGCAUGAUCCGCAAGGCUGUGCUGCCCUUCUUGCUGGGUCUCAAACUGAAGACCACAGUGCUGAUGCCGCUGGUUCUUGGUCUGAUCGCGCUGAAGACCUGGAAGGCCAUGACGCUGGGUCUGCUCUCGCUGGUGCUGUCCGGUGCUCUGGUCAUCUUCAAGAUAGCCAAGCCCAAGAUUGUUAACUAUGAAGUGGUGCACUAUCCCCAUCAAGUUGAACAUGUGGUGCCGCAUCACAUCGAGCACAUUGUGCCACAUCACAUCGAGCACAUUGUGCCCCAUCACAUUGAUCAUCAUCUGGAUCAUCAUUUGGAUCACCAUGUGGAUCUGCCCGUGGAGCACAUUGAGCACUUGGAGCAUCCCUCGCCCGCCUGGGACCCCCAUGCCUGGGCACGCUCCUCCCAAGAGCCGCAAGACGCACAGGACAUGGCCUAUGCGGCACAGAAAAGACGUUGA